AUGUACUCUGCUGGGAACAGCAAUCUUAAAGGCGCAUCGACUCACUGUGUCAAUAGAGUUAUGGUUAUAGUAGAUUAUGAGCUCGAUAAUUUUUAUCAUUCUNCGUACGAUUGCCGCUGUUUGAGAGGAUUCCGCGGAAACGGUUACUCUUGCGAGGAUAUCGAUGAAUGUCAGAGCGAAAUACACAGUUGUAACGACCAUGCAGUGUGUGACAACAUUGUAGGCUCCUAUAAGUGCAGUUGUUUCGAUGGAUUUGAUGGCAAUGGACGGUCUUGUUACGACAUUGAUGAAUGCAAUACUAAUACUCAUAACUGCAGUGUUCAUGCAUCCUGUAGUAACACUCAAGGCUCCCACAAAUGCAGUUGUCAGGAAGGAUUCCAAGCGGAUGGACAGUCUUGUCAUGACAUCGAUGAAUGCAAGACUAACACACACGAUUGUAGUGUUAAUGCAUCUUGUAGUAACACAGUCGGCUCCUACAAGUGCAGUUGUCUGGGAGGAUUCCAAGGCAAUGGACGGUCUUGUCAUGACAUCAAUGAAUGCAUUACAGAUACACAAAACUGUAGUGUUCAUGCACACUGUAAAAACACCGUCGGUUCUUACAAGUGCAGUUGUCUGGAAGGAUUCCAAGGCAAUGGACGGUCUUGCAACGACAUCGAUGAAUGUAUUACAGAUAAAAACAACUGUAAUGUUCAUGCAUCGUGCAAUAAGACCAUAGGUUCCUACAAGUGCAGUUGUCUGGAAGGAUUUAAAGGGGAUGGACAGUCUUGUCAUGACAUCGAUGAAUGCAAGACUGACACUCACAAAUGUAGUGUUCAUGCAUCUUGUAAUAACACUGUCGGCUCCUACAACUGCACUUGUCGACGGGGAUUCUCAGGAAAUGGACUCUACUGUCAUGACAUUGAUGAAUGUGGCGAUGGAACCCACAAGUGUAAUAGGAACGCGGAAUGUAAAAACAUUAUGGGCUCUCAUGAAUGCAUGUGCCGUUCUGGGUUUUAUGGCGAUGGCUAUGUGUGUCGAGAUGUUGACGAGUGCGGCGAUGGAAGUCAUCCUUGCAGCCCUUACGCCAGGUGUGUAAACAUCGCAGGAUCGCACAAUUGCAUAUGCAACCACGGGUAUCGUGGAAAUGGACGAUCAUGCAAUGAUAUCAACGAGUGCAAGGAAGGGACAGCUCAAUGCAGUUCCAAAGCAAGUUGCACGAAUACCCCUGGUUCUUUCAGCUGUAAGUGCAUUGUGUGAUACCGAGGCGACGGAAAAUAUUGCCACGAUAAUGACGAGUGCAAAAAUAGUGGGCCUUGUGGCUGGAAUGCAAAUUGCAGAAACACCGAUGGUUCCUAUACAUGCAGUUGCAAUUCCGGCUUCCGUGGUAAUGGUUUCUCGUGUUAUGAUGUGGAUGAGUGUAAGGAGUGUAUCCACAAUUGUCACGUAAAAGCUAUGUGCAUUAACACCUGCG